AUGGCCGUGAACAAGCUGGAAGGAGCCAACGACCUGGAGAAGCUCGCUCACCUCUGCUCGCUCACCUACAAGCAGCAGGCCGUGUGGUUCCUCAACGCCUUCUGGGACACCUACCAGGCCGAGGCCGCGAAGCUGUGGAAGCACGUCCAGCUCUGCGCCGACCUCGACGCCCAGCGCCACGCCGAGGGCACGGCCCUCGACGAGCUCAACGCACAUCGGUUCCUCGAACAGAUCGGCGAGACCCUCACGGUGGUGGCCCUGCGCGAGCGGCUGAGGAAGACCGGCGCCAUCGGCCAGACCGAGCGGCCCAAGGCCGUGCCCCUCACCCACUACAUCCUCUGGCGCUACGAAGUCGACUGGCACGUCCUCGUCAACACCUCUGGCGACAACAGCGAGGAGAUUGAGAAGGCGCAGAAGCUGCUGGAUGAGGUGUCGGCUGCGUUUGCCGAGGCCGAGCGUCAGGCCAACCUCGCUCGCCAGGCCGAGGCCCACGCCAAGGCCCAGGAGGCCGAGGCCAAGGCCCGCGCGGACCAGGCCAAGGCGCGAGAGCAGGAGGCCCUCGCCAGGGAGGCCGACGCCCGCGAGCAGGAGGCGCCCUUCAAGGCGGCGCAGGAGGAGGUGGACGCGGCGCUGGCCGACGUCAACGCGCAGGAGUCGGCGCGCGACAGCCGCACGGCCGAGCUGCAGCGCAAGAGCACGGAGGGCGGCAUCGUGCAGCAGAACAAGGCCAAGGCCGAGCUGGCGCAGCACCUGGCCGAAGACCCGCUGCCGCUGCGCAAGGCCAAGAUCACGCUCGAGGCCGCGCUCAAGCGCGCCGAGAAGGCACGCGCCCCCUUCGAGGCCGCCACCAAGAUCGCCGAGGCCGCCCGCCAGGAGGCCGAGGCGGCGCGUCAGGUGGCCGAGGCGGCCCGACGAGAGGCCGAGUCGGCGCGGCGCCAGGCCGAGGCCCAGCGCCAGGCGGCCGAGGAGUCGCUCGACGCCGCGGGGCAGAAGGUGGAGGAGGCCGAGGCCUACUUGGCUGAGGUCAAGGCCAAGCCGGGCUCGUGCCACGGCGCCAUCUGGUGGAUGGAGAAGGAGCUGGAGGAGCAGAAGAAGUACCUGCCCUCGUCCAAGGGCGGCGUCGCCAAGCGCGGCUAA